AUGGAUAUCGAGAAGCACCCCGGCCCCGACGAGAAGGAGGCUGCCUCGGCUACCGCCGCGGAACCAGAGUACCCUGGCUUUGCCAAAGUCGCCGUCAUCAUUUUGGGACUGUACCUCUCCGUCUUCCUUGUGGCGCUCGACCAGACGAUCAUCUCCGUUGCCAUCCCCGAGAUCACGAACCAGUUCAAGAGCAUUGAGGAUAUUGCCUGGUAUGGCAGUGCUUACUUCCUCACCUCGACGGCACUGCAGCCGUCCUAUGGUCGCCUCUACAAGAUCUUCAGUGCAAAAUGGGCAUUCCUGUGCGCCGUGUUCAUCUUUGAGCUGGGGUCUUUGAUCUGCGCUGUUGCACCAUCGAGUACGGUGCUUAUUGUUGGUCGCGCCGUUGCUGGUAUUGGUGUCGCGGGUAUCUUCUCCGGCGCGCUCGUUAUCAUUGCGCUGUGCGUACCUCUGCCUAAACGUCCUCUCGUCUUCGGAAUGUUUGGGAUGGUCUGGGGUAUCGCAAGUAUCGCUGGACCCUUGUUAGGUGGUGCUUUCACCGACUGUGUCUCGUGGAGGUGGUGCUUUUAUAUCAACCUUCCAAUCGGCGGAUUAUCCAUGGCCAUAAUAGUUUUCAUCCUGCAACUCCCUGAGCAAAACCAAUCCAGCAAAGGCACGCCGAUCCUGGGCCGCAUCAAACAACUCGAUUUCAUAGGCGCCGCCUUGCUAAUCCCCUGCAUCAUCUGCCUACUCCUGGCUCUGCAAUGGGGCGGCAAUAAAUACGCCUGGAGCAACGGCCGCAUAAUCGGCCUCUUCAUCACCUUCGGCGUCCUCGUCAUCCUAACAGUCUAUUCUCAAAUCAAGCUCGGCGAUCGCGCAACACUCCCACCACGCAUAAUGAAGCAGCGCUCCGUCAUUGCCUCAACGGCCUACGCCCUCUUCUUCGGUGGCUCGUUUUUCGUUCUCGUCUACUACCUCCCCAUCUUCUUCCAGAGCGUCCGCGGCUCAUCCGCAAUGACAUCAGGGAUCCAGCUUCUCCCGCUUAUGCUAGCAACCGUCGUUUCGUCUAUUCUAGCGGGAAUCCUCGUUACAGUCUUCGGCUACUACACCCCUUUCUUGAUCGGUAGUACUGCGAUCGCAUCUAUCGGCGCCGGCCUCGUUACUCUGUAUUCAAUCGACAUUUCCUCGGGAAAGUGGAUUGGCUACCAGAUUCUCCUUGGUGCCGGUGUGGGCGCUGGCUUCCAGAUCCCCAUGACGGCCGUCCAGACUACCCUCAAAGCAGACGAUAUCCCGCAGGGUACGGCUGCGGUGGUGUUCUUCCAGACACUCGGUGGGGCUCUUUUCAUUGCGGUUGCGCAGUCGCUCUUCCAGAAUGGUCUUAUCGAGGGUGUAGCGAAGCAUGCACCUAGCGUUGACCCCAGCAAGAUUGUUGAGGCUGGCGCGACGGAGAUGAGACACGUUCUUGAAGACCUCGGACAAACAGACCAAUUGCGCAACGUUAUUCUGGCCUUUUUGGAUGGGCUGAAGGAUACGUAUAGACUCAGUCUUGCGUUGUUCCUAGCGGCGUUUGUGGUUUCCUGCUUAUUUGAGUGGAGGAGUGUCAAGGAGGGCGAAGGUUCUGGGGAAGGGGGUGUUCCUGCUCUUUGA